AUGAGAGAAAUUUCAGAUGUAUUGUCCUUCUUUACAGAUGAAGCAUUACCUUACCAUGAAGUUCUGGUGGGAGUGCUGUCAGCGAGACACCAUUAUGAACUGCGACAAGCGAUAAGGGAGACGUGGCUGGGCUACAUCCGCCAUCACCCCCACCUCCAGCACAGAGUGGGGGUGAAAUUUAUUGUGGGCAAACAUGGGUGUCCCAUUCCAGAGGAGGACAGAGAGGAUCCCUACUCCUGCUCCAUCCUGAACUUCACCGAGCCAGUCACAGGGCAGGAUGCUGAGAUCGAGAUUGUGACAGUGGCUGACCCCUCGGUGCUGGCCCCGUCCGACGUGUCUGCCAUCGCCCUGGAUUUCAAGGUCCUGCACCCGGUGGUGAUCACCAGGCUGGGGGUGUUUCCCAGAGGGACCCAGCCUGAGCUUCAGGGCAACGUAACGGUGAAGCUUCUCCAGCUGGACCAGGAGGAGGCUGUGGUUACUGCUCGCUUCAGUGCCAUCAGCACAGGGACCAUGGUGAACGGAGUUUGGUACAAACCAGUGGAGCAGUUCAUUUUGCCUAAGGGUUUUGAAGGGACGCUGGUUUGGGAGUGUCUGGACUCUUCUGGAUUGACAACGGUCAAAUCCUCCCUGCAGCUCAAUGAUGGAGGAGGCGUCCUCAAGAUCUCCUCCAUCGCCGAAGGCAUAUUGCCUCAUAGAAGUGCUCUUGGGUUUCCUGGUUUGGCGGGAGGGUUCACAUUUACUAUCUACGAUGGAGACGGUCUGUCGGGGCUCCUGCGGGGUCGCCCAGCCAGGAUCGAGCACCACGCCUCCAGGCUGAGACAGGAGGACGCCACCUUGCAGCGGGAGAGCCUGAGGCACGGCGACAUGGUUUUCGUGGACGUAGUUGACACCUACAGGAACGUGCCUUCCAAACUGCUUCAGUUCUAUAAAUGGUCUGUAGGAAACGCUGACUUUAAUCUGCUGCUGAAGACGGAUGAUGAUUGUUUCAUCGACGUCGACUCAGUGUUAAUGAAGAUUGACCACAAGGGUCUCAAACGCAGCAAUUUCUGGUGGGGAAAUUUCAGGCAGAGCUGGGCAGUGGAUCGUAUUGGGAAGUGGCAGGAGCUGGAGUACGCUAGUCCGGCCUACCCGGCUUUUGCCUGCGGCUCAGGCUAUGUGGUCUCUCGUGACCUGGUCCAGUGGCUUGCCAGUAACGCACAGAAGCUCAAGGCCUACCAGGGAGAAGACGUGAGCAUGGGGAUAUGGAUGGCAGCCGUUGGACCACAGAAAUAUCAGGACCCCAGCUGGCUGUGUGAGAAGGAGUGCUACCUGGACAUGCUGUCGUCCCCCCAACACACAGCCGAGGAGCUGCACAUCCUCUGGGACAGGAAGAGGGCUUGCGGAGACCCCUGUGGUUGUCCCUGGGGCCACUAAAUCUGCUUACACCACACGCACCAUGUGGCACUGUGGGUAAAAAUGCACUCAACACUUGGUUGUCAGUUCAUUUAUUGUGGUUUCCUUCAAACCCGACUGAAAUUUUUCAGAGUUUUAUCAAUAUUGUCACAUAAUUGAAACUAGAUGUAUAUAUUUUUUCAAAUAUGUGAUUUUCUGUUGGAAAAUGAUCUUAAAAACUUUCAAUUGCAGGUUCUUAGAGGGGAAAUCUGGUAUUUUUCAAUCUGGGCCACAUGUUUAUAAAUGUGGGUGUAAAUUAAUGGUACUUAAACUUUUGGAACUAGUCCAGUGGAUCACGGCGGCAGUGGCCACAAUGUAAUCAUAUGGGGCAACUGCGAAAGUCCCUGAAUUGCCCACUUUCGCUCAACUCGAAGUCUCACUCUCAGCCGAGCAGCAGCUUGUUUUCCCUCCUCUGCCUGUUGCCUCUCUCUCCUCGUCCAACCUACAAUUUGCGGGAAGUCUUCGUUUGCAUACUUUGGCUCAAACAAGUAGGGACGACCAUCAAAGUCAACUGCUUCAGAAAAAGCAGAAAAAGAUUCAGCCAUAAUAAUUCUCUCAGUAAAAUCCAAACUCCAACUCUCACUCAAGUUUCUGCUUGUAUCUCACUGAAACAGCCCAAGUCUCACCAGACUUGAGAGUAAGACUUCUGGUCGAGCUAGAUGUGUGUUAUGUUGCCAGACUCUUUGAAAAGACCCAGAAUAAAAACUUUAGCCCAUAAUUGGUGAAAUAAUUUAUUUUAAGUGGACAUUUCAUGGACUGUUGAAGUAGCCUAAUAACAUUACAUUGUAGCCACUGCCUUCAUGUCCUGGCUGCUGAUGUUCCACUAGACCAAUUCCUAAAGUUUCAAGUACAGUGGACAAGCUUUUGGUGAUCACGAUCCAGUCUGCAGUGUGCAGCACGAAAGAUAGAGACACAGGGAGGAGCAGUAAAUUACUGACAGAGCAGAAGAAAAAAAAAAAAAAAAAAAAAAAAAGCGUUCCAAGCGUGUAUGAAAAGACGCAAAAUGAACACUGUAAGGGGAUUAAUAGAUCAGUAUCACCAAAUUAUUUACACAGCACCAGUGUACCAUUCAUUCACACACCCACAUUUAUAAAUGUAGGACCCAGGUUGAAAAAUACCUCAAAUAUUAACAAAAUAGCAACGUAAUCAACCAUUGGCAGCUUCAGAAUGCAUUAAAACACAUUUAGCUGUAGCAUACUGCCGAUAUUUGUAUCAUGAAAUCAAUCAUUCAAUUUGAAAAUGUCUUCAGCGGAACAGACAGAAGACUGUGAUGGUUUAAAGAUGUUUAAGUCAUGUGCUAUGUGACAGGGACCAUGUGCAAUACCAGGUCAUCCUAUACAGAAUCACUGCUGUGAGACUUGAGUACUUUGUAGUAUAAGUACUACUGGUGCUCUGACAUUUGACGGACUCAAACCUUUGGGUCUAUAAAGGCAUAUUUGAUGGUAUUUUAAAGACGAUGUUACAUUGCUGUAUUUUGUAAAUUAUUGUCUUUGGCUUUUCAUCCUCUUCACUAUUUGUAGAUUUAUGAUGAGCUUUCUCACAAACACACAGUUUGUACCGUAACUGUCAUUGUGCAAAUAGUGAUGUGGCCUUACUGUGUUUGUUAGGCGUCAUACCGUGCGUAUGUUAACACAGAUUUAAGUGUGUUUGCAACACAAAUUUUUUGAAACCUGACAAAGAGACUCACUAGUUUCACCCUGGUUCUAUAAAACCUUCCUCACAGGUAAUAAAAGCACU